UGCAUACAUACUGUCUGGGUGAGUCAUAUAGACUAGCUACAGCAAGUUCUGCCUGCACUAUUUACUUUUCUAAGCGGGGCUGUGGGAGAAGCGUGAAACCAACGGCAGACUGAAGAAAAAGGAACAACGUCUCGAAUGGAAGUCUGGAUAUUUGUUAUUGUCAAGGAUUUUAGUAAAUGAAAAGAAGAGUUGUUUUUAGUGCGUUUCUAAAUGGAGCUACUUCGGUUUUCCGCUUUCUGGUGUGGUACGAUACUCUUUGGUAGCAUUCUGCUAGAACAGAUGGGAGCCUCAUCACCGACCACGACCAAGCUGUGUAAGCGCUGUGGAGAAAAGCCUACCACCUGCACGGGCAAAGGGAACUGUACGAGUGGCUGCGAUUUCACAUCAGCCUGCCCCCACCCUGAGGACGUGUGUGUCAGCAUCUGGAGGAAGAAAGAUGACAAGGUCACCAUAGAGACAUUAUGCCACAACCCAGCCAAUAUACUGUACGGGAGUACACCUGAAGAUUUUAAAAACGGCAAGUGUGAAAUGAGGGAGAGGACUGAUAUGCCCUCGCAAACCUUCAUGUGCUUCUGCACUGAAAAGGAGUGCAACGACCAAAUCAUAUUUACACCCCGCACCUUGACGUCGAUCAAGAAGCUAAAUAAACUGUGCAUGUUCUGUGACCUGAGGGAGUCCAGCUGUACGGGCAAAGGGAGCUGUACCAGCAACUGUGAAAUCACAUCCAUCUGUCCUCAUCCUGAUGAUGUUUGCGUCAGCAUCUGGAGGAAGAAAGAUGACAACAUCACCAUAGAGACAUUAUGCCACAACCCAGCCAAUAAACUGUACGGUCUGACGCUUGAAGAUUCUAAGAACAGCAAGUGUGAGAUGAGGGAGAGAAAGGGCAUGGGCUCCAAAUUCUUCAUCUGCUCCUGCUCUGAGGACGAGUGCAACGAUCACAUGUUCUUUACACACCAGUCCCAGGUGGCAUCGGUGAUCCUGGUCAGUCUCGUUCCUCUCCUGGUUCUGACCGUCCUGGUCAUCACCUCUUUCUACUGGUACCGUGUCUACAACCAGCGUCACGUGGGCGCCAAGCGCAGGAAGACACCUCUCGACUUCAGCGAUGCCCGGGCCAUCAUUAUGGAUGACGGCGGCUCGGACAGCAGCUCCACGCACGCCAACAACCUAAACCACAACACGGAGCUCCUCCCCAUUGAGCUUGACGCCCAGGUGGGCAAGGGCCGCUUUGCUGAGGUCUACAAGGCAAAGCUGAAGCAGGGCGCUGCGGGAGCCGUUGAGCCCUUCGAGACGGUUGCCAUCAAGAUCUUUGCCGACGAGGAGUACGCCUCCUGGAAGAAUGAGAAGGACAUAUUUUCAGACGCUGACCUACGCCACGAGAACGUGCUGCACUUCCUCACUGCUGAGGAGCACAAGGUGGAGAAACAGUAUUGGCUCAUCACUGCCUACCACCCUCGGGGCAACCUCCAGGAGUACCUGACACGUCACAUCAUCAGCUGGAACGACCUGUGGGUGCUGGGUGGGUCGCUCGCCAGGGGCGUGGCUCACCUUCACAGCGACCACACACCGUGUGGACGCUAUAAAGUACCCAUCGUCCACCGGGACAUCAAGAGCUCCAACAUCCUGGUCAAGGGGGACCUUUCCUGCAUCCUUUGUGACUUUGGUCUGGGACUCCGUCUGGACAACUCACUGUCAGUGGAUGAGCUAGCCAACAGUGGACAGGUAGGCACUGCCAGGUACAUGGCUCCGGAGGUGUUGGAGUCCAGGAUCAACCUGGACAACAUUGAGUCAUUCAAACAGACAGACGUCUACUCCAUGGCCCUGGUACUGUGGGAGAUCACCUCCAGGUGCAGCGCCAUCGGAGAGGUGAAGGACUAUGAGCCCCCGUUUGGUAAAGUGAGGGAGCACCCGUGUGUGGAGAGUAUGAAGGACAGUGUUCUCCGAGACAGGGGCCGACCAGAGAUCCCAAACAGCUGGAUCAACCACCCAGGCAUCCAGUUGGUGUGCGGCACCAUAGACGAGUGCUGGGACCACGACCCCGAAGCCAGGCUGACCGCGCAGUGCGUGGCCGAACGCUUCAAUGAAAUGGAGCACCUGGACAAGCUGUCUGGACGCAGCAACUCUGAGGAGAAGAUCCCAGAGGAGGUCUCCAUGACAGAGACCGACGAGGUCGAAAAAUAAAAAAGCGGGGUUAGGACAAAAACAUUUGUUGAGUCGUGGGGACACCCCUCCCAUCAGCAGUCGACUGUGGUGGGCUGCUGACAACAAAAAUAGACUGGAAAGAAAACAGAGUUUCAUAUAUAUAUUUUUUUGGAUUCACAGCAGUUGCUUUAAUGCCGGAUCAAAGCCAUUACUGGACUGAGGAAAAUGUACACCCCUCGUAACUAAAUACUGUUUGCACUUUAUUAAUAGCUACGCAUACCAAAUGAUGUAUUUCUUGCAUGUUGGAACAGAAAAGAGCCAUCUAUACUGGUAACACUAAUACCAUUUUUGUGUGGCGGGGGGGUUAAAAGAAUUUUCAUGGUGGCAUUGGAUGACAAAGGGACUGGAUGAUGGAGCUAUGAGGCAUAGUAUGAAAAAUGGAUCGUGCUAUGAAAUAGAAAAAUGAUUCCAGGCCAAUAAACCCAGGAGAAUACUACUCUCAAAAACUAUGAACUGCAAAACUAUGACUGUGAAAUAAGCUCUGGAUGAAUGGUAAUACAUAUAUAUUUUACUUAAAGGGACUCUGUGCUAUAAAGGAAAGUAUAUAUUUUAUCAAUGAACGAUGAUAAAGGAAAUAGAGAGAUCACAUUUGAGAGGACUCUGAACUUGAUUUACCAUACUUGGGGUUUUAGCCUGGCAAUGAAAGGCUGCUGGAAGACAUGGACAUUUAAUGACAAGGAAGGGAACCUUACUCAAUUAAGCAUCUCUAUCAAAAAACUCUUUAUGUACAUGUUAAAAGCCUUAAUUAAAGACUUUCAGUAUUCUU